AGGAAUAAGGAUACGUUAGUGACCCAAGAAAGAACACACUCAACAGAAAAGAAGUGCAAAACAAGGAUCAAAAUCAAAACGAAAAUGGCGGCUGCUGCUGCUGCUUCUUCUUCUUCAAUUGCUAAUAACCGGUUAGUUCGUCAUCGUCCCCGUGGCAUCUUCAAGCAUAAUCAUCAGCCCAUCAUCUCUGUUCCGCUCAGACGCCAGCAAUCAUCAUCUACAUCAUUGUCUGUCCAACUUCAACCACCAAAAGAAUCUGGAUUUGGGAUUUCGUGGAAGAGGAAGGAGGACGAGAAGAGCCGGCUGGGAAGUCUUGCAGCUGUUCGACAGUUGACUGGGUCACUCACAACUGCUGAGGGUCUCCGCUUUGGCAUUGUGGUGGCUCGCUUCAAUGAAAUUGUCACGAAGCCACUGUUGGAGGGAGCUUUGGACACUUUCAAAAAGUACUCGGUCAAAGAAGAAGAUAUCGAUGUUGUGUGGGUUCCAGGUAGUUUUGAAAUUGGUCUGGUUGCAGAGAAACUUGGAAAGUCAAGAAAGUAUCAAGCCAUCUUAUGUAUUGGAGCUGUGAUUAGAGGCGAUACUUCCCAUUAUGAUGCUGUAGCUAAUUCAGCUGCAUCUGGAGUACAGUCUGCAGGCCUUAAUUCUGGUGUUCCAUGCGUAUUUGGUGUUUUGACCUGUGAUGACAUGGAGCAGGCUCUCAAUCGAGCUGGUGGUAAGUCUGGAAAUAAAGGUGCUGAAGCAGCGCUGACAGCUGCCUUCUCUCAAUGUGAUUUAGUAGAAUACAGCUGAUAGUAAUGCUUGGAAAGGGACUUCUUACUUAAGCAGUGAGAUUGAAAUGGCUUCUUUGUUUGAACACCAUCUGAAAUUUUAGGAAGCAGGUGCUGUCGACCAACAUUAGAGCUUUGUACUGUUGUAAUUCUUCUCUUCUGAACCCUUCUCAGCAGGCAGAAUAGGAUUCCUUACUCCAAAGAUUUUGUGUUAUAAUUCCCUGCAUGCAUUCAGUCGUGGGCUACAUUGGGUUACAUGGAGUAUUUGUUGGGAUUUUUGUAAACUUGUAAACAAACUUCUUGGUGAAACUAGUGCCAGUUUCUUGUCAAGCCUGGUAACUUAAGUAGCAAUCUAGUAGCAUUGGGCAAGGUUCUGUUGUUUCUUUGGGAAUUCUUUCAUAAUUCGAUCUUCUGGAAGCUGAACGGGAA